GGCUAAUCCUCCUUGGGAAAAAAAAAAGAAUAUUGUGAUCAUAUACUUACAGGUAUUCAUGCCAAUAGACAAGAAUAACUUGAAAAUAAAUGUUAUUGGUGAAAUUUGUCCACAAAAGUGAUAUAUAGCCAUCUGUGAGACUUUUAGAUCAAGAAACUUUGGAAGUCAACCAUAAGUCAACAUUUGUAAUAACACCUUGCUUGUAUUCUGGUGUUAGUAAGGUAUAGCCACUAUCCAAUUAAUAGGAAUAAGGAAAAUUUAACCUCCUUCCUUUCUGCUUUACAACUAUCUGCAAAAUGGCAGUGAGUGGAAGGUCCAGUCACAGAGACCAGGACUCAGGAGAUGAUGGAAUAUUUUAAAUGGAAUUAAAAAUAUCAUCACUUAGAAAUACUAUGAUCUUUCCAGAUGGAUCAUUUGCUUACAACCCAAGCUGAAUCAAUGGAAAACAUGAACAAUGUAACAGAAUUCAUCCUGCUGGGUCUGACCCAGAAUCCAGAACUGCAGAAAGUCUUAUUUGCUGUGUUUUUAAUCCUCUACUUGAUCACAUUGUCAGGUAACCUGCUCAUCUCAGUCACCAUCUUCAUCAGCCCAGCCCUGGGCUCACCCAUGUACUUUUUUCUGUCCUGUUUGUCCAUUAUAGAUGGUUUAUACUCUUCUUCCGUAGCACCCAAAAUGAUCUUUGACUUGAUCUCUGAGAAGAGCACCAUAUCCUUGAAUGGCUGCAUGACUCAGCUCUUUGCUGAACAUUUCUUUGCUGGAACUGAGAUCAUCGUGUUAAUUGUCAUGGCCUAUGACCGCUAUGUAGCCAUCUGUAAGCCCUUGCACUAUAUGACCGUCAUGAAGAGACCUGUGUGUGGUUUCCUGGUGGGAAUGGCUGUAGUUUUAGGGUUUCUUCAUGGAGGGAUCCAGAUUUUGUUCAUGAUCCAGUUACCAUUCUGUGGCCCCAAUGUCAUUGACCAUUUUAUGUGUGAUAUAAUACCUCUUCUGGAGCUGGCCUGCACAGACACUCACACUUUGGGGCCUCUGAUUGCUGCCAACAGUGGGUCUCUCUGUUUGAUCAUUUUUUCUAUGCUGGUUAUUUCCUAUGUCCUCAUCCUAUGCUCCCUGAGGACACAUAGCUCUGAAGGGCGUCACAAAGCCCUAUCUACUUGUGCCUCUCAUGUCACUGUUGUCAUCUUAUUCUUUGUACCUUGUUCAUUUCUGUACCUAAGACCCGUGACCUCCUUCCCUGCUGACAAAGCUGUGACUGUGUUUUGCACCAUAGGAACUCCUAUGUUGAACCCUUUGAUCUACACCCUCAGAAAUACAGAAAUGAAAAAUGUCAUGAAGAAACUCUGGGGGCAAAUAAUGAAAACUGGAGCUAAAUAAAUCUUGUGGUUGGAGUAUCUAGGCAAAAAAAAUCUAGUGAUCUUUUAUAGAGAUUUAUCCUCCUCCUUAGUUCGUUAAACUUGGGACAGUCAAUUAUCCUGCCUGGAUCAGUUUCCUUCAGGAGCCCACAUGUUGUGGACAGGGCUGACAUAUCCAUUAUGGCACAGUGGGCACAGUGCGCAGGGCCUAUGAUAGUUUUAGGAGCCCUUGAAAUAUGUCAAUUUCUUUUAAAAUAAGAAUAAAAAAUGAAUGUAACCCAACUUGGAGAACAGUGGUCUUUACACCAAUGCAGCCAUAAAAUAUAAUUUUUAUUACCUUUAUAGAGGAAAGAAUCCAUGAGGACAAAUGUAUGAAAGGCCCACAAAAGGCAUAGCAUUGCCCUGAUUUUGGGUAUGAAACAGAUCAACAGCAAUAUUCUUGAACACUCUUUGUACCCAGCACUACAGUUAGAAUGGAGUUUUAUUUUAAAAGAGGAAAAACAAUUAAAUAUGGAAAAAGUGUAGAACAGUAGGAAAAGAGGCUUCAAAAAGCACUUUUAAUCAAAAUAUACUUCUUAUCUUCCUAAGUUUAAGAGGUUUUUAUAUGUCCUCCCAUAACAAGAAUAAAAAAUUUUUUACUUAUUACAAUCUGAAGAAGAGUGCAUUUGCAUGCUAAGGUGCUUUCAAAAAAUUACAUCUCCACCACUCUCUGUAGCAUACAAUUGUCUACAAAAAGAAUUAGAAUUAGAAUUGGCUGGUGCAAAGGAAACAUAAUUGAGAGUUAAGGCAGAAAGUAUUUGUACAUUAAAGGCUUGUCUUAGACACAAAGGAAAAGAAGACUUUGGAAAC